CCUCACACUGUCACACACUCCCUCGCUCCUAAAAUUCCAGUCACGAGUCACAAGCUCACUGGACACAAGCGCUGGUGUGGCGAGAGCACGAAGCAGAAGCAUGGUUGCCCGCGCCACGGCAACGUUCCUCCCCGUCCUCUCCCUGCUCCUGCUCCGUGCCGGCGCGGACGACGACUCGGCGUUUGUGUACGCCGGGUGCUCGCAGGGGCGCUACGACGCCGGGACGCAGUACGAGUCGGGCGUGGACUCCGUGCUCACAUCCCUCGCCAACAGCGCGCCCUACGCCCCCUACGCCAACAUCACUUCCCCCUCGGCUUUACCCCCCGUGGCCGGCCUCUACCAGUGCCGGUCCGACCUCCCGGCCUCCGUCUGCACCGGAUGCGUGCGCUCCGCCAUCUCCAGGCUCUCCUCCCUCUGCUCCUGGUCCGCCGGCGGCGCCGUGCAGCUGCGCUCGUGCUUCGUGCGCUACGGGAACGACUCCUUCGUCGGGAAGCCGAACACGGCCGUGCUCUUCAAGAAGUGCGGCGGCUCGCCCGGGGACGCCGGCGGCGCCGCCAUGAGGGACUCGGCUCUCGGAGGGCUCGCGUCCUCGGUGGCGCCCGCCGGGGGUGGCUACCGCGCCGGCGGAGCGGGGGGCGUGCAGGCCAUGUCGCAGUGCGUGGGGGACCUCGACGCCAAGGCGUGCUCCGACUGCGUCUCGGCCGCGGCCGCGCAGCUCAAGGCAGGGUGCGGCUACGCCACCGCCGGCGAAGUGUACCUCGGCAAGUGCUACGCGCGCUUCUGGUCCAACGGUGGCGGCUUCGUCAGCGGCGCAAGCUCGGGAAGUGCAUACGGAUUUGUGCCGCGCAUGCACGGUGAGCGGCUGGCUCUUGCUGUCGCUGGUUUCUUCGCUUCGUUGGCCUACUUUUCAGUUCUACUCGUCUAGUUACGGUCGCAGUAUGGGGUUGAGAUCAAUGUUAGCUAUGUUACAUUAUUGCCAACACCAACACGUAUGUCGCGUAUUGAACUGGACACAGUGUUGUUUUGCUCCAGUGUGUAGCAAAAAUAUCAUGUUCUUAUACCUGUAACUUGUAACUUAGCUGGGUUUCCAAAGUGUGUAACUAUAAAUCUGAUCUGAUGAAGUGUUGUUUUACUUGCUA